AUGAAUCGCGGCGACUAUGAUUUGAGUACAUCAGAUGGCUGCAGACGGGCCUUGACUCGAGUCUUGUUCGAUGCCGUUAAUAGCCGCGGCGGAAUGCUUGUCACAAAUGCAGCGGGAGCAGGCAGCGGCGGUGGCGCGGGUCCCUCGCCCGAUACGACAUCAGACGUAUGUCCCGCGCGAGCACGGCGUAGCCCACGAACGUAUGUUCGCACAGAUUAUUUUGCUGAGAAUCCAAGGUGGGGCCCGAAUGUUUUUCAUCGCCGUUUUAGAAUGAGCCGAGAUCUUUUUCCCCGCAUUGUGCACACGUUGGAGGGACGUGAUGAGUACUUCCAGUAUCGGGAAGACGGGAUCGGCAGACCCGGACUUAUGCCGUUGCAGAAGUGCACGGUUGAGACCCGCCAGUUGGCCUACGGCACAACAACGGAUAUGUUCGACGAGUACCUUCACGUCGGGGAGACAACUGGCCCCGAAUGUCUCAAGACUUUUUGUAAGUUAGUUGUGGAGGCUUUUGGCGACACAUAUUUGCGACGCCCGACUGCUGAUGAUUGCCAGAGGCCGAUGAGGAUGAACGAGACGGUGCACGGCUUCCCCGGGAUGCUAGGGAGCAUCGACUCCGGGUCGAACAACGACAUCAACGUCCUCAACUUGUCCACCCUCUUUGCGGAUCAGUGCAUGGGUCGCGGACCGGCCAUCGAGUUCACUGCCAACGGCCGCAGACAUCAUAUGAGCUGCCCAAUUGGUGAGAGGAGAGUCUUGUUUGCGGCAAAGCAGGAGUCCGCGCGGAAGGAUGUGGAGCGGGCUUUUGGGGUGCUCCAAUCGCGGUGGGCAAUCGUGAAAGGUCCGACGCGUUUCUGGUACAAGGAAGUCAUCGCCGACGUCAUGUGUGCGUGCAUCAUCAUGCAUAACAUGAUAGUCGAACAAGAAGUUGGACGUGUCACCGAUUGGGUGGAUGAUGAAGCCGGACCUAGCUCCAGCACGGCGACCCCGCCUGUCACUCGAGGAUUACCGAUGGGCUUCGGUGAGGUUCUACAGCGACAGAGCUCAAUGCGCAGCCAACAAGACCAUACUCAGCUCAUGACCGACAUGAUUGAAGAAGUUUGGAACCGCAACCGCCGUUGA